ACAGUAUCCCUCCGCCCACUACUGUUCUCAAGCAGCCGAUUCGACCCGGCAUACUGCGCUGCAGGACUGUCCCACUUAGCUCAAUAAAGGAGGGGUCGAUGAAGCCCACCCUGUCAGCUUUUAAAGGUUAAAUGAUAUGGCGAGAUUCAUUUGUGAGCUGAAAGAUCACACGGACGACGUGAAUUGCUGUAGCUUCUCUGAUUCAUACGUGGCCACAUGCUCUUUGGAUAAGACUAUCCGGGUUUAUUCCCUGAAGGACUUUAAAGAACUGCCUUUCUCCCCACUGAAAGGACAUACUUAUGCUGUUCAUUGGUGCUGCUUUGCUCCUGAUAAACCCAUUUUAGCCUCUUGCUCAACUGAUGGCAAGACCAUCCUAUGGAGUAUGCACAAUGGGCAGAUGCUGGCAGUGUUGGAGCAACCUAGUGGCAGCCCGGUCAGAGUUUGCAGAUAUUCAUCAAUUUCCAACUACUUGGCAACCGGGGGCUCAGAUGGUUCGAUAGUGUUAUGGAACGUUCAACAAAUGAAAUUCCACAGGUCUGCCACAGUGAAGGACGGCUCAAUAGUGGCGUGUGCAUUCUCUCCCCAUGGAAAUCUCCUCAUUACUGGCUCAUCAUGCGGUGACUUAACAGCCUGGGAUGAGAGCCUGAAAUGUUUAUACAAUGAAAAGGGACACGACUUGGGAGUAACCUGCUGUGACUUCUCUUCACAAACACUAACUGAACAUGGCAUUGAAUACUACCAAAUGGCAUCUUGUGGGCAAGACAAUGAAAUCCGAGUUUGGCUGAUCUCAUUCAGUGAUGCACGAGGCUUUGACAUGAGAUGCCAGCUGACUCUAGGAGGACAUUCUUCUCCUGUUCUCUCUUGUUCUUUCUCCAGUGAUGGUCAGCUAUUGGUUUCUGGGUCUGUGGAUAAGUCUGUAAUAAUUUACACAGUUAAAACUGGGUGCAUUCUUCAUAUCCUCACUCAUCACACAAGAUAUGUCACUUCAUGUGCCUUAGCACCCAAGCACCCACUACUCGCUACAGGAUCAAUGGAUAAAACCGCGACUAUCUGGAAAUUAGGGCAUUCGGAGGACAUACCAGAUUUCACAGCGGAGAGCAGAAUGCAGAUGGACGUGGAGACUUGGUCAGAGGAGAAGGUUGCCACUUGGCUUUCUCAGGAAGGUCUGAAUGAGGUGGAACAUAUAUUUAAAGCUAAUAAUAUUGAUGGCAAAGAAUUACUGCAUCUCACCAAGGACAACCUGCUAAAUGACCUCAAGAUUGAAUCUCUAGGCCUGCGCAACAAAUUAGUAAGAAGAAUCCAAGAUCUGAAAGGCAGUGCAAAAGCAGAGUUGUCUAAUAUCCCUAACGAGUUUCUUUGCCCCAUAACAUGGGAACUAAUGACGGAUCCAGUUAUUGCAUCAGAUGGUUACUCCUAUGAAAGGAAGGCAAUUGAAGACUGGAUCAGUAGAAAGAAGAGGACAAGCCCCAUGACCAACCUCCCGCUUGAAAACCUUUUACUAACGCCCAACAGAACUUUAAAAAUGGCCCUGAACCGCUGGCUGGAGAGACAAAAUCACCGUGAGGCAAAGCAAAUGACCUUACACAGGUAACACUGGUGGCCUCAUCUCUCUGGGUACAAGGGGUAUGUCUGUGUGAUAACCCAACAGUGCACUUGAACACAGACUUAAGUCUUGAUUCACUCUACUCCAACCAAAUGACCAGAGUCUCCUCAAUGGAAGAAGCUCUGCAGAACACAUUUGAUUGGGCAAGAUAUGAAAGGAACAUGUGCAAUAUGAAGGACACUAGUCAUUGUGUUGUUAUUUAAAUGUGGCCCUGAGAACAGAAACAGAUGCCUGUUUCCAGAAUCCAGUUUAUUUUAUGUGCUUAAUGCUCAACCAAAGAGCUUCUGCUGAGCCACAACUCCCAUCAUUACCAAUUACUUGUCAGUGGGCACAGUCAGUGGGCACAGGGAGUUGUAUAUCGGUGCAUUCUGGGGAGACAUGGGUUAAAGAUUUCUGUUCUUUGCUUGGUGAAUGAUUAGGUGCUGCAGAUUCCACUGUAAUGGGACCUUGUUGUAUGUUGCUAUGGACGGAUCUGGCUAAUGUGCACAGUUACUAUUUUCCCUUUAAUUUGAGCACCUCCAUGAUUGAUAGUGGCAGCCAACAGAUUUAUUGUAAGCAAGAGGGCCCUCCAUACUGGUGCACUUAAACUAGGAGGAUGCACAGUUACUAGUACCAGGGUGCUAUGCCCAAUAUUCUUAUACAGUGGCUUGUGCAGAAAGGGGCUUCAUUUAAGUGGCACAGAGCUGGGGAUACUGUAUAUGGGAAUCAGUACAAAAGUCCUACAUAUUGAGCUACACAUGCACUUCCUCUCAGCGCUCUGAAGAACGUGCAGCGUGUAGUUCAGCUCUAGGGCUUCAAUUUUCCUUUAAUAAUCAUAUAUUUGUUAUCCAGCCCUAUAUUUUGUAACCCCCCCAUCAUUGCUGCACAAACCUGUGACCUGUAUAAAUAAUGAAACCAGAUUUGCCUUUCAGUUCAUUUAGGUUUGGGGAGUCACGGUGUGAUUUUUCUGCCCUUACAGCUCAUUGUAGGUAAGAAAGUGUUUGUCCCUGAGAUUUCCAAUAGAUAUAAAGCUAUAACAAUGUGUGAUCCAAUGCCACGGAUUUCCCAGGUGGAAAUGCCAUUGUAAUCAUGUUUUGUCCCUUUCAUUUCCAGUCCCUUGGACAGUAUAACCAUUAGCUGCUUAACCAUACACAUUACAAUUAAUAGUAUCAUAAUAAUAAUAAUAAGUGUUUGUACCUGGAAACGCUGUGUAAUGUUCAAUAAACUAGACAACUGUUGAGAAGAAAGUGAUUAAAUAAAUAAUUCAUUUGAUACAAUAAUAAAGGUUACAGUUGUGCUUUAAUAGUGCAUUAGCCAUAACACAUGUGGCUUGGACCCCAGCCUCCUAUACAUACACAGUUCUGUUGUGUUUUAAGGGCCCUUAAAUUAAUAAACCUUAAUUCACUCUAAACAGCCCCAGAAUAACAUACCUUUUUCCCUUAGUUUAUUUUAUUUUGUUUCUCUGAUACAAGCAGCUCUUUAGGCUACUUCCUUGUCUAGCGU